AGAGCUUGCAAGAAGACGGCUCAGAGAGGAUGGGCAGGACGUGCGGCCGCGCCGGUGGCGAGCCUGCGGUGCGCAAGGGGCCGUGGACGCUGGAGGAGGAUCUCGUCCUAGUCGGCUACAUCUCCCAGCACGGGGAGGGAUCCUGGGACAACCUCGCGCGCGCCGCUGGCCUGAACCGGAACGGGAAGAGCUGCAGGCUGCGGUGGCUCAACUACCUGCGGCCGGGGGUGCGGCGCGGCAGCAUCACGCCGGCGGAGGACGCGGCCAUCCGGGAGCUCCACGCGAGCCUGGGGAACAAGUGGUCCAAGAUCGCCGAGCACCUCCCCGGCCGCACCGACAACGAGAUCAAGAACUACUGGAGAACCAGGAUCCAGAGGAGACCGGCAGCCAGCGCCCAGCAGCAGCAAGCGUACCGCGCGCCCGCGACGGCGGCGGCCAUAGCCGCCAGCGAGGGCGCGUCGUCGUCGUCGUCCGCGUCGGCAAGCCACGGCAGCUCCGCCGCCGGCGACUGGUGGUACGUGGAGCCAAACCACCCCGAGCAGGGAGCGGACCGCUCCCAGAAGAGCGUGGCUGCGGCGGCGGCGGGCGUCGACAGCGGGAGCGCGUCGUCGGCGUUGACGAGGCGGGACAGCUCCGCCACCGCCGGCGACGGGUACAUGAAGACGAGUUACAGUGACCGCUACUACUCCGAGCUGAGUUCGGUCGCCGCCGACGGCGUCAAAAUGGUCGACGCGGAAAGCUUUUGGAACGUCGUCGACGACUUCUGGGGAACUCUACCGGUUCCAGAUGCUACAUUCUGA